UGUCACUCGGCUACAUUGCCAUGGCGUUCCUGUGCCAGCCUGGAGCUGCCGCUGGAUCUUCCCAAGUGUUUAACUUCACCUUCAUCAACGACUGCAAGAAUGACAUCAUUCUGCAAGAUUGGGAUGUGAUCAUCCAUGCGACCGGCUUCAAAGAGGUGCCUCACCUACGCCGCACUGGACUUUAAAGGCCCAUAUCAGAGAGGAUUAUGUGCACGAUAUCGUGGCGUUACCUGAGCGGCCCAUGGGAACAGCCUGUGACAGCCGAAGCUCCAUGGUUAAACGGAGACUGGCCGGGGGUAGGAACCCCAAUGUAUGGCCAUCCGAACUAUGCCUCCUGGGCGGGCUUUUCCAUGUCUAGCAGGUAUGAAGCCUUGGACCCCUCUGGCAGAUAUGCGUGUUCUGACGCAGCUGCAGAGCUUCGAUUUUCCGUAGCAACCUGCCCCUCUCAGAAAACCUUGCGUUACGGUUGUGACUUCUUCCCAACCCAAUUGAGCAUUCGCAACUGCUCCAGCAAGUUUGCACUUUACAUGCAGGAGCAUUCUUGGGCCAUCAAUCCCAACGGCACCCGCGCAGGUGAAUAUGCGUCGACCCAGAACAUGAUUGAACUAUUGGUGUGCUCCAGAAUCUUCAGACUGGAAGGGCUGGGGUGUAGGAUCAUUGAUCGAUUGCACCAACAGAGAUGUGCCAAUCCAUUUUCAGGUGACCACUUGCAUCAGUUGAAGAACGAUUGAUGCCUAAAACGGCUGCUGGAGCCACAUGUGCUUAAUUUAUCUUAUGUCUUUCCUUGACCCUUUGCAAUUGCUCAGGGUUCAAGUUUGCUAAGAUGUUGAUGCGUUUUAAUUUUCACAUAGCUUCAAAGCUAAGAUUUUUGUCUGGGCCAAAGGGCUCUUCCUUCUUUUAGUAUUUUGACUGAGAAAAAAUCCAGAGUGGACAGUUCACGACUUGCACAUAGCCUUCACUUGGUGAACUCACGCACAAAGCUUCGUUCAUUUCGACCCUCUGGUCAAGGCACCAUUGGAAGAACAUGCCAUGACACUGUUUAUUUGACCUGCGCUCGUAAGAGCGACAA